GUUGUCAAGAAAGAAGGCAGUGGGACAGAGUCUCCAAUGAUUGGUGAUAAAGUGACCGUCCAUUACACAGGAUGGCUUCUUGAUGGCACAAAAUUUGACUCCAGUCUGGACAGGAGAGACAAAUUCUCGUUUGACUUGGGCAAAGGUGAAGUGAUCAAAGCAUGGGACAUUGCUGUGGCGACUAUGAAAGUUGGUGAAAUCUGUCGGAUUACAUGUAAACCAGAAUAUGCCUAUGGCUCAGCUGGGAGCCCCCCAAAGAUACCUCCCAAUGCUACGCUGAUUUUUGAGAUAGAACUUUUUGAGUUCAAGGGGGAGGACCUUACUGAUGAUGAAGAUGGUGGCAUCAUCCGAAGAAUCCGUAAAAAAGGGGAAGGCUACUCCAAGCCCAAUGAGGGUGCACUUGUAGAGAUCCAGUUUGAAGGUCGAUAUGGAGAUCGUGUUUUUGACAGGCGGGAAUUGCAGUUUGAGAUUGGAGAAGGUGACAACUACGAUCUUCCUCAUGGUCUUGAGAAAGCAAUUCAAAAAAUGGAGAAAUCGGAGGAAUCGGUGUUCUAUCUCAAACCCAGCUAUGGUUUUGGAAGUGCUGGGAAGGAGAAAUUUCAGAUCCCUCCAGAUGCAGAGCUGCAGUAUGAAGUGAAACUCAAGAGCUUUGAAAAGGCUAAGGAGUCUUGGGAAAUGAACACGGAUGAGAAGCUGGAACAAAGCUGCAUUGUGAAGGAGAGAGGCACUCAGUACUUCAAGGAGGGGAAAUACAAACGGGCAGCAUUACAAUAUAAGAAGAUUGUGUCAUGGCUGGAGCAUGAAUCAGGACUCUCCGAUGAGGAGGAUAUGAAAGCCAAAAGCUUGAGGCUUGCUGCUCACCUUAAUCUAGCUAUGUGCCACCUCAAGCUGAAGGAAUACUCCGUGGCUUUGGAAAACUGCAACAAGGCACUGGAACUGGAUAGCAACAAUGAAAAAGGCCUCUUCCGGCGUGGAGAAGCACACUUGGCUGUCAAUGACUUUGACUUAGCCCGGGGAGAUUUCCAGAAAGUGAUACAACUUUAUCCAAGUAACAAAGCUGCCAAAGUGCAACUGGUAACUUGUCAGCAAAAAAUACGGGAGCAGCAUGAGAAAGAGAAAAAGAUGUAUGCCAACAUGUUCCAAAGGCUUGCAGACAAAGACUUAAAGUCGGCUGCUCCUCUUCAAAUCAGCCACACUGAAGAUGCAGAAAUGAAAGAUGAGCAGAACGGAGUUGAAGAUAAAUCAGAAGUUGACACAGAAGCAUAAAAAGAAACCCUAUUCCAUUAGUUUUGUAAAUGAAAGAAUUUCCAGUGAAUUAGACCUUUAUUUUUCUACCUGUUUGGACAGUGGCUUCAGGGGAGCAGAGGCUGAAGCCACCAUGACACAGUCAAUUACAGCUUUAUAUGUCUGUUGAAGCUGAGUGGCAGCAUAAAUCUGGUUUAAUCCUAGGGACUUUAUUUAUUCAAUCAGCCUCUGUUAUUGUUUGGGUUCUGUCUGGAUUUACUCUGCUUGGUUCAUUUGCAUUUUGCCGUUGGUGUUUGUCUCUUUCUGGUUCCAGUUUAAUU